UUCUACCCAUAAAGCCAAAACACAGUCUCUCUCAUCAAACCAUUAGUCAGUAGUGAGAGAAAGGGAAGUUAGAGAGAGAGAGAAAGAGAGAGGCUUACUAGGCGGUGUGUGGGUCUGUUGGCUUGGUAGGUUAGGUUUAGGGUUUUGUGGGUUUGGUGAACAGAGAACACAAUAUGGGGAGCGAAAGAUUGAACGGGACGGUCAAGUGGUUCAGCGAUCAGAAGGGCUAUGGCUUCAUAACCCCUUCCGAUGGCAGCGAGGACUUGUUUGUUCACCAGUCUGCGAUCCGAUCCGACGGUUUCCGAAGCCUCGCUGACGGAGAGACCGUAGAGUUUCAGAUCGAGACCGAGAAUAAUCGUACCAAGGCCGUCGAUGUCACUGGCCCUAACGAGGGACCCGUUCAGGGAACCCGCGGAGGCGGGGGUGGUUCUGGAGGCGGAGGCGGCGGUAGAGGAUCUCGCGGCGGAGGCGGCGGUUAUGGCGGAGGUGGUGGAUACGGUGGCGGUGGAGGCUACGGUGGUGGUGGUGGUGGCUACGGUGGUGGUGGUAGAGGUAGUAGAGGCGGUGGUGAUGGAGGCUAUGGCGGAAGUGGAGGCGGUGGUGGUGGCGCUUGUUUUAAGUGCGGUGAAAGUGGUCACAUGGCCAGAGAUUGCUUCCAGGGAGGUAGCGGUGGAGGCGGCGGCGGAGGAAGGUAUGGCGGUGGUGGCAGCAGCGGAGGAGGCGGCGGUGGCGGUGGAAACUGCUUCAACUGUGGUGGUUCCGGACAUUUCGCGAGGGAGUGCCCUAACAACCCUCGUUGAGUGUAAAAGAAAAAUGCUUAGCAUUUAAAUUUGCUUUUGGGAGUUUUUUUUUUAAUUUAUUUUUAAAUUUAAAAGUUGAUGGUUUGGUGACUCUUUUGUUCUUAGGGUGUUUGGAACAAUGCUUUCUUCUCUCUUACCUUUUUCUCUCUUAUGGGUUUAUCUCUGGACCUGUAAUUUUUUUGUGUUAGUGUUGGGUUUGGUCCUUGAUAGGGAGUUAUGAUCUAAUCUUUCUCGGAAUUGUUGGUAUUUUCUUGUUACUGUUAUCCAAACUAGUAAUGUAUGUCUUGGCUUUUCUUAUGGGCAGCACCGUAUAUGUUCACUGAGCUACUUACCCUUUUGCUCUGUUUUCAAAGUGUGUAUACACAUCAUUAAUAUAUGCCGGUGUUUAUUAGUCAA